UUAGGAGGCGGGGCAUAUUUGCACAAUCCGGAAAUACAGAUUGUUUUUGUCUAAUCAGAGAGGACUGCGGUACAUUCGCCUUUUCCCUGAAAAUAAAUGGCAGGUUUGGAAAGCGAAGACCACCAAAAAAGGACGUCUGGAAGUUCUGGUCCAGAAACUGAUGUUGACCCGCAGACUCCAGUAUUGCGCAUCAGCCAGCUGGAUGCCCUGGAGCUAGACUCAGCCCUAGAGCAGCUGGUAUGGACCCAGUUCUCCCAGUGCUUCCACAACUGCCGCCCGGGCCUGCUCACCCCGCUGGAGCCUGAACUGAGGGCUCUGCUCCAUUUGCUCCUGUGGAGGUUCACACUUUAUUCUAGCAGUGCCAGUGUGGGCCAGUCUUUACUGAGUCUACGCUACCACAACAUCCUCUCCUCGUCUGGCCGUUACAGACCUCUGUCUCGCAGGCAGAAGCUGGGUCUGGCGCUGCUCACUGCAGGUCCACGCUGGCUCCAGGAGCGCUCCCACAGUCUGCUGCUGUGCUUGAGUUCAGGAGGUUCUGUGUCUGAAAUAGACGGUGGUUUACUCCAACAGGGUCUCCGCAAUUGCCUGACCCUUGUUUCCAGUAUCACUCAGCUCGCAAAUCUUAUCAACUUCCUUGUGUUCCUAAGGAAAGGUCGCCAUCCGGUCCUGGCUGAAAGGAUUGUGGGAGCUCGGGCGGCUUUCAGUGAGCCCAAUGUGGUCCGGGACGUAACCUACCAGUACAUGAACCGCGAGCUGCUGUGGCACGGCUUUGCUGAGUUCCUCAUCUUUCUGUUACCACUGAUCAAUACAAGGAAGCUGAAGGCAACAAUGUUUUCGUCUUUUUUGGGGGGAGAAAGUGCAGAUAGGGCGGGAGCGACAGAAGGGCAAGGGGUGUGGAAAGAGUGCGGACUAUGCGGAGAGUGGCCGACCAUGCCUCAUACUGUGGGCUGCCAACAUGUUUUCUGCUACUACUGCAUCAAAAGCCACAGCAUUGGAGACGCUUACCUCACCUGCCCCAAAUGUGGUGCAGAAGCAGGGCAGCCUGAGCCGGUCAAGAUGGAGGUGGAGAUGAUUGGCAUGUGAUGGAAAAAGCUGUCAUGACUGUUUUGUAAUUGCAGGGACUUACUGAAAUUUAAGUGGUGGUUCAUAUCUUUAUAGCUGCACAAAUAGACCACAUUUGUAUGAUUAUGUAAAUGUAUCUUAGAUUUUAUGUAUGAAAGUGUAUUAAAUAAUUAAACUGUAUCAUAUAAGAAUAUUUUGAUAGAGAAUUAUAUUAAAACAUGGGGGAAAAAAGGGGUUUAACAGUGUUCUGUGAGCAACUCUCCUUUUUGAUUCACGAGGUAGUCGUGUAUGAGUUCAUGACUGGACUUCAGUCUUUAUGAUUUUCCUGAACACACAUAGACCUGCUAUGUUUAAUGUAUGUGUGCAUAUAUUGACAAUCCUCUGCCCCGUCCAUUUCUCCAGCUGGACUUUGGACAGAACUAUUUGUCUUUGGUGCACUGGACAGACUACAGAGAACCACACAGAGCAUAUAUUUGAUGAGUGAACGUGUUGAUUUAUGCUCCAAAUUGGCUGUGUGUGUGUGUUGAAAUGGGAAUAUUUGUUCUGAUGAAAAAUGCAGAAAGUCAGCUGAAUAAAUAAUGGGAGGAAUUUCUGAAGCCUCUCAU